AUGUCCGAACGUGACCUGGCCGAUGCCACUGAGAUCCUGCCAAAUCGCUUGUACUGGGUGGCGCUCCAUACCGCGCCCAGAGCCAGCCCGAAGGUGCAUUUCUUCAGUGUGGAUCAUGAGUUCAUCUAUGAGCCUUUCUUCGCAGACUUUGGCCCGUUGAACCUCUCAAUGGUCUGGAGGUUUUGCAAGCUUCUGGAGGUGAAGCUUACGGACACAUCGCUGGCGGAGAAGCGGAUCAUCUACUACUGCUCUCACGAUCCCAAGAAACGCGCCAAUGCGGCCACGCUCAUGUGUGCCUUCCAGGUCAUAGUCCUUGGAAAGACCGGUGAAGAGGUGUGGGACGUCAUGUUUGGACUGAUCAUAUGGUGGCAGAACGCCUUUUCAAGUUACAACACCAGUCUUGGAAUUGCUAGUACAUGCCAAGAAGACAUAGACCUACUUGCAGCUUGUAGCAAGACCCAAUCCGGUUCAUUGGAUGAGGCUCCGUUCGUAGCGUCCGAUCGCUCCUAG